ACCAGUUAAUAAAAAACAAUGUAGUGUGACAAAAAUGGAUAGUAAGGUUAAUAAAGAAUUAGAUGAAAUAAAACAAAAUGAACCCAAGUCAAUAGAUAAUAUGAAUGAGGAUAAAACCAAUGAAAAAAAUAAUUCGUCUAAAAUGAACAUUGAUCACCUAUGCCGAAUAUGUUUAUUAACAAGGGAAUCUUUACUUUCAUCAUUAUCUGAAGCUCACAAAGAUUUACCUGAUAUGUAUUUUGCUGUAACAUCAAUAAAGGUGGAUAUGGAUAGUCAUUAUGCAUUUAAGAUUUGUGAAAUAUGUAAAAAUGAUCUCACAUUUUUUUAUGAUUUUAAAAAGAAAUGCCUGAAGUCUGAUCUUAUUUUCAAGACCUUAAUCGGUGAUAACAAAACAAAUGAAGAUGAUGGCACAAGAAGUGUAACAACUGCUAGAAAAAUUGAAAAUGAUGGGAAGGGAAUGAAAGAAGAUGAAGUAAUUGAGCAUGAAGAUGUGCAAUAUUUGGAUGAUACUCUGGAUUACGAUAUGUAUGAUAACAAUGACCAGGAAAUCAGUGUAACUAUAACAAGGGAAACAGAAAAUGUGGAGGAUAUACCAGAAUCAAGUUCAGAUUCAAGAUGCCAAAAAAUAAGUAAAUCAAGACAAACAUAUAGUUGUACAAUGUGUCCUAAGAGAUUCCUUAAAGCUCAAACACUAAAAGCUCAUGUGAAAAGUGACCAUUGGGUGCUGCGGUCACACUCCUGCGGCAAUUGCAAGAAAAUAUUUUCAUCAGAGCAUGACUUGAAAUUACAUUUGCAGAUACAUGCCAAAAGUGAUGCAUGGACUUGUGCUGAAUGUAACAAACAGUUUAAUUGCAAGAAACAGUUGAAGCGUCACAUCGAACGGCACAUGGAGGUGAAGAGGCACGCGUGCGCGGCGUGCGGCAAGAUGUUCUCCGAACAGUACUCACUGCGCAGGCACGAGCGCGUGCACACUGGCGAAGUACUCCACAAGCCAUUCGCCUGCCAACUCUGCGACAAACGAUUCAGAUACAGCGCAUUGCUAAGCGCGCACAUGGCGCAGCAUGGCGGCGCGCGGCCGUGCACGUGCGUAGCGUGCGGCAAGACUUUCGCCUCGGAGCGUCUGCUCACCUCGCACAGCCUCGUGCACCGCGACCACAAGCCUUACAAGUGCCACUACUGCGAUAAGACUUUUCGUCACGUGUCGACGCGCAAUACGCACCACCGCACUCACACGGGCGAAAGGCCGCACGUCUGCGCGCGUUGUGGCAACACCUUUAUACAGCGCUCCAACCUCGUGCGACACAUGCGCGUCCACACCGGAGAGAAGCCAUACACUUGCAAAGUGUGCGAUCGCAAGUUCGGAUGCGGAUCUUCCUUGAAGAAUCACAUGACCAUCCAUACCGGGGAAAAGCCCUACCAAUGCAAAGUGUGCGACAAGAGGUUUGCGCGCAGCAAUAUGCGAAUGCACAUGGCGAUGCACACUGGCGAGCGGCCGCACGAAUGUGCCGCAUGUGGCAAACGCUUCGUACGGCUCUGGACCCUGCGCGAGCACAGCCGCUUGCAUACAGGCGAAAAACCGUUCGAAUGCGCGAGGUGUAACGAUAAGUUUGUUACCAAAGUUCAACUGAUGAGACAUUUUAAAAUACAUGAAAAAUGUAAGAAACCAGCUAAAAAAGAAGUUAUCAUUAAAAAACCAAAAAUAUCAAAACCCAAAGUAUCACCUGAAAAAAUUAUAUUUUCUGAUGAUAAAACUGAAACUAGCAAAAAUCAAGAAACUUACGAUGGAAAUAAGAAUUUACAAAGUGAUUUUAACACUGAUUCAAAAAUUAUAAUUCCUGACGAAAUGCCAUUGGAAGUGACAGAGGAAGUGAUACUCCAAGACAACGAGGAUAGAACAGAAUUAUUUCAAAACUCACAAACUAGUCAAUAUGUUACUAAUUCAAGUGAUGGAAAUGUCUGUGAAAAUUUAAAAAGUAAUAUACAUUACAUUAAGAUGACUGAAAAUGGACCUAAUAUUUCAUCGGCCAUUUUAGAGGAUGGAGGAAUAAAACUUUACCAGUUAGAGCAAACAGCAAACAGUUUCAUAAUACACAGGUUGGGUAAAGAGUUAACUGUGCGCAAAGUAACCAGUAAGAAGACCGACUUUUAA